AAAUCCAGAAAGCAGAUUAAUGAGGAAGAAUGGUUGGUCUCAUACCCAAUCAUUCUUUUACGUGUUCUUAACUUCACGGACUUGUCCUAUUCAUAAAUUUUCUCAUUCUAAAUAAGUAAAUACAUGAUUAAAGUGUAGUAUAAAUCAUCGUUGAAAGUGUGAUGUAUGCCAUUCCCUCCAAAACCCAAGACGUCCAAAGGCGGAACACUCGAAGCAGCACAACAAAACAAACGUUGAAAAAUCCAUGACAAUCACGUAUACCCAGAACACAAAAAAAACGCAAAUUUCUCAGCUGCUACCUGUUGAGUGCAGGUGAACACAGCAAAGCAUGCUGUCAUGCAGAGCUGUGCUGCUACAUCAUCAUAAUCCGUGAUCCAAAGAGUUUGCCACGUCAUCAUCAAUUUCAUAACAACGGCCAAAACAAAAGAAACUCGAGAUCUAUAUGUAACUGACAAUUGAAGAAACAAGAAAGACGUGAAAGCUCCCCACAGAAACACAGAGCCAUGGACCUCAACCUUUCAUCUCUAGUAGCUGUUCUGGCAAUCACAUUGGCCUUCUCACUCUACCUCUAUUCUCUGCUAUGGAAAUCAAGAAGUGUCGUACGAAAGUUACCGCCUCAAGCUGGAGGCGCAUGGCCUAUAAUCGGCCACCUUCACUUAUUAUAUAGAUCAUCAGAGCCACCCCAUUUGGUGUUUGGGAAAUUGGCCGAUAAGUAUGGACCAAUUUUCACUAUAAAGUUUGGAGUGGAGAGACGAGUGGUCGUGAGCAGCUCGGGUCCAGAAAUCCUUGGCUACAACUAUGCCUGCUUUGCAUUCAGCUCCUACGGCCGCUACUUUCGCGAAAUAAAAAAGAUGGUCAUGCACGAGCUCUUCUCCAACCAGCGCAUCGAGAUGCUCAAACACAUUAGAGAAUCUCAAGUUAACAUAGCGAUCAGAGAAAUAUACGAGUGGUGGACGAAGAACAAGAAGAGUAGUGGUUCAAAUGAGGUGGUGGUGGAGAUGAAAGAAUGGUUUAUGGACAUAAGUCAGAAUGUCAUAUUUAUGAUGAUAUUAGGGCAAAGAUGUUCUGAAGUUACAAAUUACGAAAAGAUGGGGAGAAAGAUUUUCAAUGAUGUUCUUCAUCUGCUUGGGAUUUUGGUGGUUUCAGAUGCGGUUCCUUUCUUGAGGAGGUUGGACUUGGGUGGCCAUGAGAAGGCAAUGAGGAAGAAAUUUAAGGAGGUAGAUCAACUGCUUCAAGGAUGGCUAGAUGAGCAUAAGCAGAAGAGGAAGAUUUCUGGUGGGGUGAAGGGUGAUGAUGACCGUGACUUCAUGGAUGCCAUGAUUUCAUUUCUUGAUGAUGAUUUGAAAGUUACCAAGGAGUAUGAUGCUGAUACAAUCAACAAAGCUACCUCCCUGGCUCUUCUCUUAGCAGGUGUAGAUGUAACUACAGGGACAUUGACAUGGGCACUCUGUUUACUUCUCAACAACCCCGAAACCCUAAAAAGGGCCCAAGAAGAAUUAGACCAAAAUGUUGGAAGAGAGAGGCAAGUGAAGGAGUCUGACCUCGACAACUUGGUCUAUGUCCGCGCGGUUCUCAAAGAAGCAAUGCGUUUAUACCCUCCCGGACCACUUGCAAUGGCCCAUAUGUCCAGAGAAGAUUGCAUUGUAGGAGGCUACCAUAUCCCAGCAAAGACUCCUGUCUUCGUCAACAUUGGAAAGAUCCAACUAGAUCCAAAGCUGUGGCCUGAACCAAAUGAGUUCCGGCCAGAACGAUUUCUAACAACCCACAAGAACAUUGAUGUUAGUGGUCAGGAUUUUGAGUUGCUACCAUUUAGCAGUGGAAGAAGAAUGUGUACAGGGGCAUCUUUGGCCAUGAAGAUGAUGCCGUUGGCACUUGCUUCUUUGCUUCAUGGGUUUGAAAUUGCGACCCCAGGGGAUAAGCCUGUUGACAUGCGUGAGACAAUGGAGUUGACUAACCAUAAAUCCACCCUUCUUGAAGUCCUUGUCAUUCCGCGCCUUCCUGCUCAACUAUAUGAGCAUCAUAAAUAAAGCCAACUGCUAUGUUAUUAUGUGGGAUGGAAGUUACAUGAAGUUGAUAGGGACUGUCAUGAAAUAGUGAGAUGCACUAGAUGUAUCGUUACACAGUGUCCAUUCCAAUCAAUAAAUUGUUUUAUUUUCAGUGUCAUUUUGGGUUUUACAAUUUUAACAUUGAGUAUUUGCCUGCUUGAAAAUGUUGUAAUGUGAUUCUAAAGCUACUGAUCGUCACGAAAUGCGUCUUCAACAGGUCACACUU